AUGUCUUUUUCACAGAGCUUCAGCACCCGCUCUGCUAUCCCCCAGGGAGGCGUUAGCUCCAUGAGAAUCAGCCAGACCCGUAGCUCCAAGGGUUCAGGCUUUGGAAGACCAGGGAACUGGAGCAGCUCCAGCUUGUCUAAUGUGGGCUCAGUGAGAAAAAAGUGUUUCCUAUGUGGUGGAGCUGGAUUCGGUGCUGGCUAUGGAGGUGGAUUCGGCGGUGGCUCUGGCUUUGGUGGUGGUCAAGUAGCUGGACCUGGAAUCCAUGAAGUAACCAUCAACCAGAACCUGCUACAACCCCUUAAUCUGGAGAUUGACCCCAACAUCCAGGUUGUUAGGAAGGAGGAGAAGGAACAGAUCAAGACCCUGAACAACAAGUUUGCUUCUUUCAUUGACAAGGUCAGAUUCCUGGAACAGCAAAACAAAGUUCUAGAGACAAAAUGGGAACUGCUGCAGAACCAAAAGUCCGCCAAGGCCAGCAACAUCGGCCCCCUGUUUGAGGCUUACAUUGCCAAUUUGAGGAGGCAGCUGGACAGCCUGGUCAAUGACAAGGGCAGACUGGAUGGAGAAUUCAGGAACAUGCAAGAUCUGGUUGAGGAUUUCAAGAAUAAGUAUGAGGAUGAAAUCAACAAGCGCACUGCAGCUGAGAAUGAGUUUGUCGUGCUGAAGAAGGAUGUGGAUGGUGCUUACAUGAACAAGGUAGAAUUGGAAGCCAGGGUGGAUUCUCUCAGUGAUGAAAUCAACUUCCUGAGAGCCUUGUAUGAAGCUGAACUACGUGAGCUGCAGGCUCAGAUCUCUGACACAUCUGUUGUCCUGUCUAUGGACAACAACAGAGCUUUGGAUCUGAACAGUAUCAUCGCUGAAGUCAAGGCUCAGUAUGAAGAGAUUGCUGCGAAGAGCCGUUCAGAGGCCGAGUCUACUUACCAGAACAAAUACCAGGAGCUCCAGGCCACCGCUGGCCGUCAUGGUGAUGAUUUGCGCUCCACAAAGACUGAGAUCUCUGAGCUGAACCGCGCUAUCCAGAGGUUGCAGGCUGAGAUUGAGAAUGUGAAAGCACAGCGUGCUAAGCUGGAGGCACAGAUUGCUGAGGCUGAGGAACGUGGGGAACUGGCACUGAAGGAUGCCCGGGGGAAACUGUCUGAGCUGGAGACUGCUCUACAGAAGGCCAAGCAGGACAUGGCUCGCCAACUGAGAGAAUACCAGGAACUGAUGAAUGUCAAACUGGCUCUGGAUAUUGAGAUUGCCACUUACAGGAAACUUCUGGAAGGAGAGGAGAGCAGGUUGGCUGGUGAAGGUGUUGGCGCUGUCACUGUUGUGAACUCUAGCUCCUCAGUUGGUGGCUACGGUGGAUCUACCUUUGCAGCUGCACCAAGCUUUGGUUUAGCAAGUGGAGCCGGGUUUGGAUCCGGUAGCUCUCUGAAGUUCAGCAGUGGAGGUGCUGUGAAGUCCUACUCCGUGACUACCCAAUCCUCCAGCAGGAGCAGCUCAAGAUACUAA